GGCUUGGCGAGCGGCUACAUCCACCCGGCGAAAGUGGACACGAGACUGUCGGUGUGUUCAGGAGAACAGCGGUUCAUUAUUUAGCACUGCACAACCAUGCCGUCUGACCUGGCUAAGAAGAAAGCAGCAAAGAAGAAGGAGGCUGCCAAAGCUCGCCAGCGCACCAAGAAAACUGAAGAAGUAAAUGGGGAGAGUGAACAACAAGAGGCCCAGCUUAAUGGAGCAGAGAGCAAUGGUGUUGAAAAUUUGACAAAGGAGCUGGAUGAGUUUGAGCUGCGGAAAACGGAGGCCCGGGCAGUGACGGGUGUUCUUGCCUCCCACCCUAACAGCACUGAUGUCCAUAUAAGCAGCCUGUCGCUCACCUUCCAUGGUCAAGAGCUGCUUGCAGACACCAGCCUGGAGCUGAACUCAGGCAGACGCUAUGGCCUCAUUGGUCUUAAUGGCACAGGAAAAUCCAUGCUGUUGUCAGCCAUCGGACAUCGUGAGAUUCCCAUUCCAGAGCACAUAGAUAUUUACCACUUGACCCGAGAGAUGGCCCCCAGCGAAAAGACUGCUCUGCAGUGUGUCAUGGAGGUGGAUGAACAGAGGAUCAUGUUGGAGAAGGAGGCAGAAAGACUUGCCCAUGAAGACUCUGAGUGUGAGAAGCUGAUGGAGCUGUAUGAGCGUCUGGAGGAGCUGGAUGCAGACAAGGCGGAGAUGCGAGCCUCUCGGAUCCUCCACGGUUUGGGUUUCAGCACUGCGAUGCAGCAGAAGAAACUGAAGGACUUCAGUGGAGGGUGGAGGAUGCGUGUUGCUCUGGCCAGGGCUUUGUUCAUCAAGCCCUUCAUGCUGCUGCUGGAUGAGCCCACUAACCACUUGGACCUGGAUGCUUGCGUGUGGUUGGAGGAGGAGCUUAAAUCGUUUAAGCGAAUCCUCGUGCUCAUCUCACACUCUCAAGACUUCCUGAACGGUGUGUGUACCAAUAUCAUCCACCUGCAUCAGAAGAAACUGAAGUACUACACGGGUAACUAUGACCAGUAUGUGAAGACCAGACAGGAACUGGAAGAGAACCAGAUGAAGCGCUUUAACUGGGAACAGGACCAGAUAGCACACAUGAAGAACUACAUAGCCAGGUUUGGUCACGGCUCUGCAAAACUGGCACGACAAGCACAGAGCAAAGAGAAGACUCUGCAGAAGAUGGUUGCAUCAGGCUUGACUGAAAGAGUCGUGAAUGACAAGACUCUGUCAUUUUAUUUUCCUCCCUGUGGGAAGAUUCCUCCUCCUGUUAUCAUGGUUCAGAAUGUGAGCUUCAAGUACAGUGAGAAUACACCGUACAUAUAUAAAGACCUGGAGUUUGGUAUUGACUUGGACACGCGAGUGGCUCUGGUGGGACCCAAUGGAGCUGGGAAAUCUACACUUCUGAAGCUGCUUAUGGGAGAGCUCCUACCUACUGAUGGUAUGAUCCGCAAACAUUCUCAUGUCAAGAUUGGCAGAUAUCACCAGCACCUGACUGAGCAGCUUGAGCUGGACUUGUCUCCUUUGGAGUACAUGAUGAAGUGUUUCCCUGAGAUCAAAGAAAAGGAGGAGAUGCGGAAGAUCAUCGGUCGCUAUGGUCUAACUGGGAAACAGCAGGUCAGUCCGAUCAGAAAUUUGUCAGAUGGUCAGAAGUGCAGAGUGUGUUUUGCUUGGCUGGCCUGGCAGAACCCUCAUAUGCUGUUCCUUGACGAGCCUACUAAUCACCUGGAUAUCGAGACUAUUGAUGCGUUGGCAGAAGCGAUCAACGAGUUCGAGGGUGGUAUGAUGCUAGUCAGCCACGACUUCAGGCUAAUUCAGCAGGUGGCUCAAGAGAUCUGGGUCUGUGAGAAGCAGACCAUCACAAAGUGGAACAGAGACAUCCUGGCAUACAAAGAGCAUCUGAAAUCAAAGAUCGAAAAACAGCAGGCACAUGACAUCUAGAGGAGCUUCAUGCUGAGCCACUCCUUUAUCUCAUCACAGAUUUGACCUGCGAACUCCUGAAGGGAUGAGCAGGAAACGUCCAAGCCAGAACUAAAACGGUCUCUUGUACAUGUUGUACUGUAUUUCCAUCGGUUUGACAGUGCUGCACCGUGCUGAACAUGACCCAAACCCCCUCCGCUGUUCUGAUUGGCUGAUUCACCCGAAGCAUCUCGGUGCAUUUUGGAAUGCAUUCCAUUGUGCUGUCUUCAUAGGAAAGUUUUAUUUUUCCACGUUCUGUUUAUCCCAACAUGUAUGCAGCAGCUUUUAGGUCAUAUUUUAUAUUUAAAAAAUUGACUUCUUUCUCCCCCCAUGUAAAAUUACAGUUCUGCCUUAUUUAACAAUGUAAUGCAAUAAGUUUGUCUGAAUAAACGGAACAUUAAAAAACA